AUGGCAGACGAAGACUCACGGAAACACCUGCCAGGCAUCGACACAGCACCAGACGUCUACGAAACAGGCAACGAUGUAGACGACGACACUACGACCAGCACAUUCCAAACAUCGCAAUCCGGCGCAGACAGUGCUGGGAGUGGCUCAGAUACCACCGAGGAAGAUGACGAUGACUAUGGUGUAUCCAGAAGGAGACUGUUCCCGCAACGCGCGCGAAGCCGAUUUGGCCAACGAAGCCGCAACGUGAGGACAGAUGGAGUAGACUUGAGUGAUCGUGUUGACGGGAAGAGGAAGGGGUACAGGGUGAGAAGGCGGCAGUAUGAUGACGACGACGGCGAAGAUGAGAGCCUUGAAGCACGGAUAGCCAGAUUAAGGAGAGAGGUCGAGGAGUGUAAGGCACAGGCGGAGGAGGAGCGGAAGGCUGGCCAAGAAGAGGAGGAUGAUGAUGAUGAAGAUGGAGAGAAUGACACGACCAAAGAGGUAGACGCUCUGUCUCGCCUUCUAGCGGGUAUCGACCUACCACCUACGAACUCUGCUGCGAAACGUGGUCACAGAAGGAAAAGCUCCGUCUUCCAUGAUGCACCCACGACAUCUUCGCAAUCCCAGCCCGAAGCACCUCCAGAUGACCAGCCUCUCACACAGAUCACGACUUUUGAUAGCAGACUAGCAGCUCUCGAAUCAGCACUCGGCGUCUCGAGCAUCCUCGACUCAACCACCGAAACUUCGACGCUCUCCACACCGCUCUUACCAUCUCUCACACUCCUCGACCAACAGCUCUCAAGCCUCACUACCGCAACUUCCCUAUCCGCCCUCGAAGCAGCCACAUCCAAGAUCCAGAGCCUCAAGGCUCAAGCCGACAAUCUCUCAUCACUCUCAGCCGAAGGCGUAGAAGAAGAAGGCGCGUCCACAACGCUGACACCAUCGGACCUGGAGAAGCUACAAUCACUAUAUACUAUCCUCCCGACUUUACAAUCACUAUCGCCGACUGUGCCAGCUCUGAUCAUGAGGCUGAGGAGUCUGAAUCAUAUUCACACAGCAGCGGCACAAGCGAGUGAUGACCUGGAGGCCGUGGAGCAGAGGCAGGCAGAGAUGGAUCGUGAGUUGAAGAUGUGGCGGGAGGGGUUGGAGAAGGUUGAGAAGGCUGUUGUGGAUGGGUUGGAGAGUAAUGGUAGAAAUGGAGGCAUGGUCAAGAAGUGGGUGGAGGAGUUGGAGGGAAGAGUGAAGACGCUCAGAUGA